UCAGCAGGAGAACUAGAAGAGGCAGCAGUCCACCUCGUGACUUCUUAUUCGCUUCACUUCACUUUGACUCGCCGCCUCUGUUGUCACCGUGUUUGGCUUUAAUAAGUGAUCAUGAAGAUGAACACUUUGCUUUUGUUUGCUUUGCUUUCAGCAGCUGCAGCUUUUCACCUGUCUGAACGAGACGAGUUUCACUUCAAGUCAUGGAUGGCACAGCACAACAGAGUGUACAACAUGCAGGAUUACUAUCAGAGACUCCAGAUAUUCACUGAAAACAAGAGAAGGAUUGACAAACACAAUAACGGAAAUCAAACAUUCACAAUGGGGCUGAACCAGUUUUCAGACAUGACAUUUGGUGAAUUUCGAAAGUCUUUCCUCUGGUCUGAGCCACAGAACUGCUCCGCUACCAAGGGGAACUACUUCAGCAGCGACGGGCCACUUCCAGACUUCAUCGACUGGAGAAAGAAAGGGAACUAUGUGACAGAUGUGAAGAACCAGGGACCUUGUGGUAGCUGCUGGACUUUUUCCACAACCGGCUGUCUGGAGUCUGUUACCGCCAUCAGCACUGGGAAGCUCGUACCGCUGUCAGAACAACAGCUGGUAGACUGCGCCCAGGACUUCAACAACCAUGGAUGUAAAGGCGGCCUUCCCAGUCAAGCAUUUGAAUACAUUGUGUACAACAAGGGACUGAUGACAGAGGAGGACUACCCAUACACAGCCUUUGAAGAUACUUGUGUGUAUAAGCCAGAACUAGCAGCUGCUUUUGCGAAGGAGGUGGUGAACAUAACCGCGUACGAUGAGAUGGGGAUGGUGGAUGCGGUCGCCACGCGCAAUCCUGUCAGCCUUGCCUUUGAGGUGACUUCUGACUUCAUGCAUUACUCUGGAGGCGUGUACACCAGCACUGAAUGCCACAAGACCACAGACAUGGUGAACCAUGCUGUAUUAGCAGUCGGGUAUGGAAAGGAGGAUGGCACCCCUUACUGGAUCGUGAAGAACUCAUGGGGAUCCGGAUGGGGGGUUGGCGGAUAUUUCCUCAUUGAGCGUGAGAAGAACAUGUGUGGACUCGCUGCCUGCUCAUCUUUCCCAGUGGUGUGAUUUCUGCACGAUAGAAAACUACAAAAGGACUGUAAGGGGGGCAGAGCCCAACUUUGUUCUUAUAAUACAGCGGGAUUUUUAUAUAAUCAGUAGCCUACUGUGUUACCAUGUACAGUGGGUUUUUGCACAAUGGAGUACAUCUUAGUCUGUCCCUGUGAAGUACUAUGAGAGGAUGGAUCAAGUCAUAUCCAGAUUAAUCAAUUAAUCAGAAAGUAUCACUUAAGUACCAAUCAUUCAAUUAAUUGUAGUUAAAUUAACAAAUAAAAUAUAUUGCAUUUUGUA